CCAAGCCAGGGUUUUCCAGAGAGAAAUCAGCAUAACGUGUCUGUUUUCUUUAUGUUUUCUGCCAAGUUCAAUUGUAACGUUUUUGUUGUUUUUAAUUACAAACAUUUAUUUUCAGAUUUUGUGGUUCAUCAGAUUUUACCCUACCAGUCAGUUUCAGUGGACACAUAUCACUCAAACAAUGAUGUUUAUGUCGCCAUUGCCCAGCCCAGCAUGGAAAAUUGCAUGGUGCUAGAAUGGGAUCACAUUGAGAAGAACUUCAGGAGUUAUGACAACAUUACUGGUCAGUCCAUAGUGGGAUGCAAAGCUAUCUUGAUUGAUGAUCAGGUUUUUGUGGUGGUAGCUCAGCUUUUCGGUGGCUCACACAUAUAUAAGUAUGAGGAAGGCUGGACAAAGUUUGUCAAAUUCCAGGACAUAGAAGUUUCCCGCAUUUCAAAGCCGAAUGACAUAGAACUCUUUCAGAUAGAGAGUGAAACCUUUUUUGUCAUCGCAGAUAGCUCAAAAGCUGGUCUGACGACAAUUUAUAAAUGGAACAACAAGGGAUUCUACUCUUACCAAUCCUUGCAUGAAUGGUUCCGGGACACAGAUGCUGAGUUUGUUGAUAUAGAUGGAAAAUCUCAUCUAAUCCUGUCAAGCCGCUCACAGAUUCCCAUUAUCCUUCAAUGGAACAAAAAUUCCAGAAAGUUCCUCCCACACAGUGAGAUACCCAACAUGGAAGAUGUGCUGGCUGUGAAAAGCUUUCGAAUACAGGACAACCUGUACCUCUCACUUACAAGAUUUAUAGGCGACUCCAGAGUAAUGAAGUGGAAUAGCAAACAGUUUGUGGAAAUCCAAGCUCUGCCUUCCCGGGGCGCCAUGACCCUUCAGCCGUUCUCCUUUAAGAAUCAUCACUACCUAGCCCUGGGAAGUGACUACACCUUCUCCCAAAUAUUCCAGUGGGAUAAUGAGAAGCAGCUCUUCAAAAUAUUCAAGGAAAUCUACGUGCAGGCACCUCGUUCGUUCACAGCUGUGUCAACCGAUAGAAGAGAUUUUUUCUUUGCUUCCAGCUUUAAAGGCCACACGCAAAUAUUUGAACACAUAAUUGUUGACUUGAGUUUAUGAAGGAGCUGUGGGAGGGAGGUGGGAGGGGGCAACUCAUGUACAGUGACAUUUUCACAUAAAAACAAAUCAAAAGGGCGGAUUACUCAUUUCCUGAAGGUAGGAUGUGCCUGUGGCAUUAGUCAGGAGUUUUCUGAACUUUAUAGAAGUUUGCAUAUUUAAUCAGGGAUCGCAUUAACUUGGUUAAAUGCAUGCCAUGCCCAUUUUACCAUUGGUAAAGACACUUUAAAGCCUAUAAUUACUCGGAAAAAGUGUGCAAUGCAUUAGAAUUAAUUCUAACACAUCUACAACACUGAUGUAAAAUCGAGAAUGGAGAUGGGAAACCAAAAGAGGCAGAAUAGCCAUGCGUAGAAAGAAAAGAAGAGGAAAUAACUCCAGUGUGCCAAUCCUCCUAUGAGCUGAUCUUGGCAGAAAUCAUAUUUACGGACUAACUCAAAAAGCUUGUUUGGGAUUUGUAAAAGUUAGCAUCGAGAUGAAAAUGCUGUUACAUCGUCUUUGCUUCAUGCUGGUCAAGGAAGGCAGCAAGAAAAGGAGCUCUGCUGUUUGGCCUCUGGAGCAACUGUGAUAGGAGGAGCCUCUAGAGAGCCCUGUCUUUUCAAUGCUCAGUCUGAUUUAGGGGAGGAGGAAAGAGUGGACAUGUGAUCUGUUCCCUAAAUCUCUCCCAGGCGGCUAGUUCACAGCAGCUCCACAUUCAGGACUUCAUCUGAACUAAUCCAACCCACCUCUGCUCAUAUUUAUGGCCUGACCACUUGUUUUGGAAGGCAUACAGCUGCUGCCAAUCCACACCUCUCAGAUGUUUAGUAAAAGUAGCAAGUGGUGUGAUGCCACCACAUCCAGCAUUUCCUACUCCCCAUUUUUUUUAACAUUGGCUGUUCCCUCACAUGGACCUGGAUCAAGCCAAAGUUAAACUUUUCAAAGUACAGUUGAUUUCACUGGGACAGAACAACACAUGUGCUUCAUUCUCCCAUUGAAAGACUUGCUGCUUAUCUUUGGCAGGAUCAUGCCCUGUUAAUUCUGCCUAAUUCCUUUCAUUUACUUCCUGAUUACUUUGGACAAGGCUCCCAAGAUGCGACCACGAGAACUGGUGUUUUGGUAAUUUUCACGCUAUUGGCCAAUUUAUGCUUUCAGUUUGUUUAAUGCAUGCUUAAAAGAAUCUCCCGUGCAAAGCUCACACAAUCUGAAUGGCCUUUUCAUUCAAAUGCGGACCGCCUGAUCAGGAGACAGGGCCACAGAGGUGAAGACUGCGUGCAAGAAUCAGCUCAGCUUUCAGCUGUUAAACAUUCCGAGAUUUAUUGUAAAAAGGUUUUGUUUGCAUUUAGUUCCCCAUAUUAAAACAGUCAAAUGCAAAGCUGUACUGACAUUGAGUGGUUGCAGGAUGAUGGGGUGGCAGUGGCAGAAUCCUAUCAUUCUUUUUGC